AUGGCCAUCUCCGCCCUCCCUCUCUGGCCUUUGGUCCUCUUUGGUAUCUUGGAGCCUGCAGCGCUGACGUAUGCCUAUUUCAUCACCCUUUCCGAGCCAAAACAGUACUAUGCCGAGCAAGCGCCCAACACUGCCAUCUCGGAUCUCCUCUUCACCCCCCAGGCCCACUCCCUGACUCUCCAGCUCGGCAAUGUCUUUCUUCUUCUUGCGGCAAUGGCAUUGAUCUGCUGCUUUACCAGCCAUCCCGAAAUCGCGAGGCGGUAUUUGAUUGCGGUGGCUCUGGCCGACUUGGGUCACAUAUACUCCGUCUACUGUGCGCUAGGUGACAAGGUGUUCUGGGAUCUGAAUCAGUGGAAUCAGAUGACAUACUCAAACGUUGGCGUCAGUGUGUUCUUGCACAUUAACAGGUUGAUGACGGUGGCUGGGUUGUUUGGACGACUUGGAGCUGGCGGGAAUGCCGCCAAAAAGAACAAGUAG